AUGAGUGAAAGCAAAAAUAAAAGCGUAAGAAUCGCAAAUAUUUCUCUCAGCCCUGAUUUAAGCUCAGUUAUUAAUACUUCAUCUGACCAGUCCGGAAAUACUCCAAAACGUAUUUUAUUUGUAAAUAGAAAAAUAAAAGGAUUAAAAAAUGUUGAAACACCAUCACUAGGAUCCUUAGAAGAAGAUUUCAUGCUCGAAACUGACGGAAACGCUAAAAAUUUUUUAAAAGAAAAAAAUUCCACCACAGGUGUAUACUCAGCCAGCAAUAUUUUAAGCGGUUUACAAUAUGACGAUAAUGGAAACAUUAUCCCUUACUCGAUAGUUGGAUCACCAAAAUUAUUUGAAACUAAUAAAUCCCUAGUUUGGGAAAGUUUUGAAUCCAAACUGUCAGAAACUGACAAACAAAGAAUAAGCAAGCACGCGAUUUUUAAUAAAAAAGCUUAUAAUCUAGACCCUGAAAAAGAAUUCAAGGAAAAACUUAAAAGAAUUAAAGAAGGCUCGAUAAAAGAAGAAUUGUUAAAAAACGAAAAAUUAAGAAAAAUGAGGCCGAGUGAAAGAAUUAUACAAGAGAGACAAGAAAAAAUACUAGAAGCUUUUAAAAAUACUGAAUACAGAUGGAAAAAAUUAGAAAAAUCAUUAGGGAAAAAAUUGAACAAAAAUGAAGGAGAUCUAUUGGCGAACCGAGCACAGGAAUAUAGAGAAAAAGUUGAAGAAUGGGAUUUUUUAGAUAGAACGAUUUCAGCUAAAGAAAAAGCUGGAAAGUUUUCAUGGUAUAUGUCAUUAAGAGAUAUACUUAGUUAGAGUGAUGGAAUUUUUAAAUGAAAUCUCUUACUUUUCGUAAGCUUAUAAUAGCAAAAAAAAAUUAUUCUAUUUAAUGCUUUCAGAAAGCAUCAAAUAUAGGAAAAAUUAAUAAUAAAACUAGAAGAGAAUAGGAAAGUUAGAUUAUAAUUUUCAAAAUUUUUAAAUUUAUAGGGGCUUUUAAUUGGUAUAAGUCGAAAGAAAAACUUGAUACUUAUCUGCAUGUAGGGAAUAAAUUUUCUGGAUUAUUUUCAAGAGUGACAGAAAGAUCAGGCGAACCUGAGCCAGUUAUAAGAAAGCCAGGCUUAGCAAGAACCUUAAAUAAGACUUUUAGAGAUGAGCCAUAUUUUCAAAAGAGAAUUCAAGAGGAAUCUAACACUCUGGCUUGGUAGUGCAAAAUUUUUCUGUUCGCUAACGAAGGUAGGCUAAUUUUUUUAAAAAUAAAAUUCGAUAUAAAACAUUUCUCCUAAAUUUUAAAAAUCCAAAUGUGUAAAUAUAGCCCAGAGUGUGCUAGGCUAUAUUUAAAAAUAAUUAAAUUUAAUUGAUAUUAAAACAUGCAAGCUAAUUAACUGGAGAUCUUAUUUUUUAUAAUUAAAAAUUAUACCAUAAAAAUUGUUUGCUCAAUAAACAAAGGUGAUAUUUCUAAUUCUUUUACUAGCUGACCAAGGGGCAGUAAGUAUAAUGACAAGGGCGUAAAUUUUAUGGAAGCUGAAGAUCUAUUAGUGCUUGGGGUUGCUAAAUUUCCUUUAGAAUUAGAAGCAGCAAAAAUUGGAGGACUUGAAAAUGUGAAGCCUAGUUUAAUUGAAAUUCGAGAGCAUGAGGAAAUUAUUGCUGAGAAUUAUGAUGAAAAUUAUAUUAGAAAUUAA